AUUUGCUAAUCUUGUUGAGUCUCUGAGACUGAAAGAGAAUGUCAGAAAUUGUAAAUUUGUCAUCAUCUUUGAGAUCUUUAAACCCAAAGAUCUCACCUUUGGUUCCUCCAUAUCGCCAAACCUCGAGCUCUUUCUCUCGACCGAGAAACUUCAAAUAUCAUUCUUUUACCGAUAAAAUCUGUUUGGCAGCGGAGAGAAUCCGAGCAGUCGAUAUCCAGAAGCAGGACGGUGGUUUGCAAGAGCUCGAUGACUCGCCGGUGUCUGUUGAGCUCGGACCUAUCUGUGGUGAGAGCCACUUCGAUCAAGUGAUGGAGGAUGCUCAGAAGCUCGGUGAAUCAGUUGUUAUUGUCUGGAUGGCUGCUUGGUGCAGGAAAUGUAUUUACUUGAAACCAAAACUCGAAAAGCUCGCUGCUGAAUUCUAUCCAAGACUGCGGUUUUAUCAUGUUGAUGUCAACGCUGUGCCAUAUAGACUUGUUUCCCGUGCAGGAGUUACGAAAAUGCCGACGAUUCAGCUAUGGAGAGAUGGCCAGAAACAAGCUGAAGUUAUUGGCGGCCACAAAGCGCAUUUCGUGGUUAACGAAGUCAGGGAAAUGAUAGAGAACGAUUCAAUCACUUGAAUUGAAGGUUUCAAGACUCUGCUCUUUUUCCUCAGAUUGUUCUUAGUUUUUUUGGGGUCCCUCAUAGGAAUGUUCAGUUAUGUGACUAUUCUCUUUAUCGAAGAUUGGUCUUGUUUUUAUCUGUUUUGUAAGUAAGGGAUACACACAUUGAGGCUUUGGUAGGUAAGCAAGAAUUGUAGCCAUCCUUCUUCAGAUGAUUCCCCCAAAUGUAAUGUAAACCUCUUAUUUAUAAGAUCAAUACAACUUUUAUUGAAAAG